UAGUAGUUCAUUGGUACUCGUGCACUUUCUGCACUGGAUGGCCGCCAAUGGAGACUGGGAACUUCAGAUGGAUGUCCGGCAUACUGGAGUCAAAGAAGAUUAGGUAGUAGAGGGCCAAGACCAUGCCCAGACCGCUGAUGCCGCCCAAAUAGAGGACGAUGGAGAUCAGGCGGAAGGUCUUUGACUCGAGGAAGGCAGGUGGCGGCUCUUCCUUGGGCAGGCACACAUCGUCCUCUGGUGCGGAGGUCUCCUUCUCCUUUGGGUUCGAGGCUUUCCCGGCCAUCGUUCCUAUCGAACUGAGAAGUGAAAAAGCGGAAUCUUUAUUUAAACUGCAGUUAAAGUCGCCUCCAAUUAUGCAAAUAGCCAUUGGAGGUGGAGGUGGCCUGGAGAAGCCCGAGAAGCAGGCAGAGAAGCCCAAGCCACACAGCUUCGAGGAGGCUAUCACGAUGACGGGAGUCGGGCGCUUCCACUACAAGCUGCUGCUCAUCUGCGGCCUCUGCUUCAUGUCCGUGAUGGUGGAGAUCAUGGGCGUCAGUCUGAUCAUGAACCAGAUGAAGUGCGACCUCCAGCCUACGCUCAACCAACAGGGAAUCUUGGCCUCGGCGGGAUUUCUGGGCGUGGUGCUUAGCUCACAUGGCAUGGGCUUCCUCGCGGACACCUGGGGCAGGGUGACCACACUCCGGUAUGCCCUCUUUCUCGCCGCCGUUUGCUCGAUUGUGUCGGGCUUCUCAGUGAACAUUUGGAUGCUGAUCGUCUUCCGAUUCCUCACGGGCUUCUUCAUCUCCGGAGGUCAGGCCUGUGUCUUCAGCCUAUGCGGGGAGUUCCAUGGCAGCGGUUCGAGGGUGCGGCAUGUGACCCUGCUCUCGGGCUUUCUCUGUUUAUCCAUGAUCUUUGCACCAGCCAUGGCCAUCGGCAUUCUCCCUGUUCGUAUCGAAACCAUUGUCCUGGGCAUGCGCUUCUCCUCGUGGCGCGUGCUGCUCAUCGCCAACGUUUCCAUCUCGCUGCUUGCCCUCGUGGGCCUCUCCACCUUGCCUGAGACGCCCAAGUACAUGCUGGUUCAGGGCCAGGGCGAGGCAGCCUUGGAAACCCUGAAAAUCAUGUUCACCCAGAACACACGCAAGCCCUGCUCCGAGUACCCUGUCCGGGAGAUUGCACUGGAGAGCGGCGGGGCCAGUCUGUCGGAUGUCCACGGACUGGGCGACGCCGUGCGACUCGUGUGGCGCCAGACAGUGCCGCUCUUCUAUCGUUCCAGGGUGGUGCACACACUGAACAUCUGCACGAUCCAGUUCCUCAUCUACGGCAUGGCGCAGGGCAUCUUCAUGUGGUUCCCCACUAUUCUUGAUGAGCUGGGAUCGCGGGGCGGACAGGCAACGCUGCUCUGCCAAGUGCUGGAGGAGUUCGAUGCGCAGGAUACGCAGGAAGGCGGGGAUGCUGCACAGGCCUGUGCCGUGGAGGUCGACACAAAUACAUACCAGGUGAUGAUCAUCAUUGGGGCCUCGUUCACAGGGAUCUAUCUGGUAUUCGCCUACAUCAUCGAUUAUACGGGGAAGAAGAACCUAUUAAUGGGGUGGAUGGCUCUGACGAUGAUCUGCCUGGUGGGCCUGCACUAUGUGGAGCAGUUCGCUCUUGUGGUAAUCGGCCUGACCGUGGUCAUGGCCAUCGGGAACUGCGGCGGUCUGGUGAGCACCAUCGCCAUGGAGUUCUAUCCCACGAACAUCAACGCCAUGGGCAUGUGCUUUAUCAUGAUGGUGGGUCGCCUCGGGGCGGUGGUUGGCAGCAAUGUGUUGGGUCGUCUGCUCUUCUCCAGCUGCGACACCGUGUUCUGGGCUCUGCUCGGCCUAGUCAUCUUCCUCUGCAGCCUGGGCUACUUCCUGCCCGAGAAGCCGCGUCCCAAGAGAGUGACGACGCCGACGCCCUCAGCAACGGCAACGGCCAUAGUGACGGCCACAACGACACCGAUCUUGGCAAUUAGCUCUAAGUAGGAUUAGUUUUUACCCAUUAAGAGGAACAGUAAAGCAAAAAAAGAGCACAAAAAUGUAUACAAACAAAAACAUGAAAAAACAGAAACCAGAUGAGAUGAGAUGAGAUGACACCCCGAUGGGGCAAGAAACGGGUCUGGGAAUGGGAAUCAGGAUCGGGAUCGGGCUCGGGCUCGGGAACGGGAGCAGGCCACAUUGGAAAUGGAUUAGGUAAAUGUUUGUGCUCAUUCCUGUUUCAUCUGCGUUGUUCUUGUCACCAAGGCAGGCGGCGGCUGCAUUAACAUUCCUAGCAU